CACGGCAUCUAUGGCCUUCCGCGACCUUCCUUCCCUUACCUUGACACCACGAAGCCAUCGCAACAUUUCUUUUUGCAUCGCGAGAAAGCAUAGAUCUCUCUGGAAUUGACCUCUUGCGUCCGCAGUGGAAAGCAUCACAAACGCAAUGUCGCACAUUACCCUCGCCAGGCAGGGCCUCGACGCCGUCGAGGCCAAGCAGUGGGACGAGGCCGUCACCAAGCUCUCCAAGGCGCUGCAGCAGUCCACAAACCCGGCAUGGCUCGUCGGGCGCUCCAAGGCGCUCGUCGGGUUGAAGCGGUUCGACGAGGCCCUCGACGACGCCAACCUCGCCUGGCACCAGGCCUGGGAGCGCAACAAGCGGCCCCUCCUGGUGGACGCCCAGUACCGCCGGGCCAUCGCCUACUACCGGCUCGGGCAGCUCGCCAACGCCGACUGCUGCUGCGUCUACGCCAUGCGGCUCGUCAAGGGGUCGCCAGCCAAGGAGAAGGAGGAUCCGAAGCUGGCACUGAUGGACGAACGGGGCCGCUGGAAGCCGACGCUCGCGGACGCCAUGGAAGAGGCCAGGACGGACGACUUCAACGUCGGCGACGGGGCUAGUGGCAUGGCCCUGGCAACCAAACCCAAACCGACGUCCUCCCAGUCGUCGGAGUGGCGGCUCGCAAGCACCCUUCGCAUGCAGAUUCUGCGGGCCUUGGAUAGCCUGCCCGAGGACGACCCCGCGAGGGUGGUAACGACCAGCCUGGUGCCCGAGGAGAAGAAGCUCGCUGUCCUCGCCUCAAAGGAGACAAUGACCAGCGAGCCAACAGUGGCCGCUCAGCCUGCAGCCAAGCCCGUUGUGCCCCACGGCACGCCCCUGCGGCUGCAGGACUUCCAGAGCAACACCACCAUGUCCGUGUCCAUCUUCUCCAAGGGCAACGACAAGGAGAAGCUCAAAGUGGAGUUUACGCCCUCUGCCGUCCGAAUGGACCCCGUCGUGUACCCCGGCGGAGAGGAAAAGGAAUUUGUGCUGGAGCUCUGGGGCGAGAUUGACGCCGCGGCGUCCAAGUACACGGUGACGGCGAACAAGGUGGAGCUCACCCUGGCCAAGAAGACGCCGGGCAAGUGGGCAAAGCUGCAGAAGGACGAGGACGGUGGCACGGCAGCGGCCGUCACCAGCGUCUCCGAGACUCCGAAGGCGAGUAGUGAGGGCAACAAAGAAGACACGGCGUUGCCCGCUCAACCUCCCCAGCCUGUAGCAGAGCAGCCAAAGGUGACCCCUGCCCCGGCCGCGGCGGCGACAACAACAACAACAGCAGGCCCAUCAUAUCCGUCGUCGUCUCGCACCGGCCCCAAGAACUGGGACAAGAUCGGCGCCGAGGCGGGCGACGACGAAGAGGACGCUGACGUCAACCUUUUCUUCAAGAAGCUGUACAAGAACGCGACGCCGGAGCAGCAGCGUGCUAUGAUGAAGAGCUUCACGGAGAGCAACGGCACGACGCUCAGCACGGACUGGAACGACGUCAAGGAGCGCAAGGUGGAGACGAAGCCGCCCGAGGGCGUCGAGGCCAAGAAGUGGUCGUGAGGGUGGGCAGGCACUGAAGUUUAGGGGAACCGAAGGCAAUUAUGGCAAGGCCGUAUUAAAUGCUGGCUGUGAACAGAUGUUUUGACGGAAACGAUGCAUGAAGGGGAGCGAGAUGGUCCGCCGCGCUGUUGCCCGGUCUAAUGUGAUGUUGAGUCCAACGUGGCUCCUCGGGGUGUUUUGACAGACAAUCGAGCUACCAUGGCUUCCAAGGCUGUAUGUACAUGUGUAUCUUAUGUUGUCACCGAUGCGAGCUAUGUCGAUGCAGCAC